AUGGAGCUGAAGCGAGGAAAGACCUUCAUCAAAUCCAGCCUGCAGAUUUCCCAUGAGAAAGCCCCAGACUCAGCGGUCACCAUUCCAACAAGAGAGGAUGUCAGCCCCAGUGAGAGGGGCUCCCAGGCAGGUCAGAAUGUCCACAGCUAUGAUAGAGGCCCUGGCAAGGGGGCACAGUCAGACCCGGAGAAUACGGCCGUGGCUUCUGGAACCUCCUUCAGACUGGUUCGGAAGAGCAAGACUCAUGACAAUGUGUCCGGGGCCAGCAGGGCAGCUGGUGCUUCCGGGCAGCUGGUGGCCAGUGCCAGCUUCUCUGGGCCCUCUGGUGGCCAGCGCAUGAUCGACUACCGCCACUUCGUGCCCCAGAUGCCUUUUGUACCUGCUGUGGCCAAGAGUAUCCCCAGGAAGAGGAUUUCCUUGAAACGGCCCAAGAAAUGCUUUUGGAACCUAUUCCACCUGCGCAGGAACAAGGCGGAGGGUGUGGCCUCGCUGGUGGCCAAGGGCAAGAGCCUGGCCUCCCACGGGGGCCUGUUGGAUGUGGCAGGGCGCCGCAGCGCCACUUUCCUGCCACUGGGCGAGGACCCGGGGCUGGACAGCCUGUGCCAGGACCUGUGCGAUGGUGACCUGAUGCUGGAUUCGUCCCUUGAACUCUGCCGGGCGCUGUGUGAGGAUGUGGCUUCGCUCAAGAGUUUUGACUCGCUCACUGGCUGCGGGGAGAUCUUUGCAGAUGAGAGCUCCGUACCGUCCCUGGAACUGAACGAAGAAAACCCUGAUGGCCCAACCCGAGUGUCCCAGAGCCCGGGCUGCAAAACUACUGGAGGCCCCGUCCAGGGCGGUGUGGAGAAGCUGGCAUCCCCUGCCCAAAAUGAGGCAUCGGACUUCUCCAAAUUCUGGGACAGCGUGAACCGCAGCGUGAGGCAGCAGCACCGCGCCCUCCUGGCCCCGUGGUCGGCGGCAGGACCCCAGGGCCUGGACACUGAUCAGGCCGGGCCAGGGGAUGCUGCUGGGCUGGCCGAGUUGCCCUUAUGCCCCUGUAGGGACCCGCCCAGGGGCUCCAAGGCCAGCUCCAUAGACACGAGCACCCCAAAGAGCGAGCAGCCGGAGUCGGUGUCCACCAGCGACGAGGGCUACUAUGACUCCUUCUCGCCAGGCUUGGAGGAGGACAAGAAAGAGGCCCCGAGCCCCAGCACACCUGUUGCCACCUUCCCCCGCGACAGCUACAGUGGGGACGCCCUGUAUGAGCUCUUCUACGACCCCAGCGACAGCCCUGGGGGGCCGAGCCUGGACGAUGACCCGUGUGUGUCCGAGAGUCUGUCGGGGCCAGCCCUGGGGACACCACUGUCCAUGUGCAGCUUCCACAUGGGGGCGGAGGAGAACCUGGCUCCUGCACCUGGCCCUGACCUGCUCAGUCAGGGUUUCCUGCAGAGCACCUGGAAGGGCAAGGAGUGCCUGCUGAAGCUCUGUGACACGGAGCUGGCUAUCACCAUGGGCAUUGUCAACUGGCUCCGCCGUGCCCCUGAACCCCGUACCCCACCCACAGCCGUCCCCUUACUUCCUGCACUUGAGGACCCCAUGGCCCCGCUGGGAGCUCCCAGGGAGCUGGUGGAAAAGCUAGGAACCAAGGGGUGCCAGGCCCCUGAGACACCCAGGGCCACUGUGUGCUCAGCGCUCAGCAGGCAGGAACUGUGGGCACAUCUGGGUACCCAAGGUCUGAUCCCUGGAAAUAACAGGGUCCCAGCAGGGGCUGUGGAGGCUGUGGGCACUCCACCCAGGGACCCCUUUCUGGAAGAAGGGAGCCGGAGCCCCCCUGAUGGUUGGUUCUCCUCUGUGGAAUCUGUGGCUGCAGCAACAAUGGAAGCUUCUAGAAAAACCACAGCUCCAGUGUCCCCUACCUGGCUCAGCUUGCAGAAAGAGCCCCAACCCUCAGGAAUGCUGGGCUGUUCUCACCUGACCAGGAAGCCUGCUGAGAAGCAGAGUAUUCUGAGUGCAGAACCCACAUUGAUAGACUGUGCGGUCCAGCUGGGAACCCUGCGGAUUGACCCAGAGGGCCAGCUCCCAGCCACACAGCCUGCAGGGCAGAACCUGGUCAACGGGCUCUUUGGACAGCCUCGGGUCAGACCCCCUCACAGUCCACAGCAAGAACAGCCCAGCAGUUUGGCAAGCAAGGCUGAGUCCUCCCCAGCCAGCUCACCAGAUCUCAGGCAUGCAGACUGCACCCUGGACCCGAGCUGGCUCUCGGCAGAGCCAGCAGGGCCAAGCCCCCAGGCCUGUGCUUCUGUGGAGGGCCAGCCCAUGCAGUGCAGCCCCGGGGCUGUGGAACGAGCAGCACAGAGGGGUCAGCUAGACACUGAGCCACCAUCAGCUACUGUGUCGCGGCAGAGUCCUUGGAGCCGACCCUCAGAGAUCUCAGGCCUUGCUUUGCAGAGUCCGUGGGGAGGGUUGCCCUCUGCAAGUGCCCCCAAAUGCUGUUGCAGCCUGCUGGCCCAUGAGGAUCACCUUGUCAGCCAGCCAGAAGUGAGGGCUGCCCAGCCAGCCACAGCUGAGGCACACCUGUAG